GGUCAUUUCUUUCUUCACAAAACAGAUAAAAGAAAGGGGGGUUUGCGGCGAGGAGAAGAGGUUUAAGAAGAAGAAGAAGAAGUGAUGGUGUUUUCAUGUGUUAAUGGUGGCAGUAGUGGUGGGAGUGGCAUUAUGAUACUGGAGAAAACACUUCUUCCAUUUCAUCACUUCAACACCACCACCAUUAACAAAUUUACAAACAAAAGUUUGGUACUAAAAUUUCUUGCCCCACUAUCAAAUUUGAAACUUCUCACACAAUCAUCAUUGUCAGCUAAUUUUCCAGCACAAACGGCCAUUCCUUUCAGGAAAAAUAGAGAUAGGUUUUCUUCAUUCAUCUCCUGUUGCUCUUCCACUGAUGACAAUUACCCAAAUUCGUCAUUUUCCACCACCACCACCUCUCCUACUGCAACAACAACGACAACCUCAACUUCAGCUCCUCCAUUGCUUAGGAAAAGAAAGAGAUAUAGAAAGCAAUACCCUGGUGAAAACGAAGGUAUUGUUGAAGAAAUGAGAUUUGUUGCCAUGAAACUCCGUAACGAUAACGCCAACAACAACACCAGUGAUAAAGAUAGCGAUGGUGAUGAAUCAGAAGAAGAAAGGGAGUCAUCAGAUGAGGAGGCCAAGGAGGAAGUAGAGGAUAGGAGUGGUGAGACAUGGAUACCAAGUAUUGAAGGAUUCGUCAAAUACCUUGUGAACAGCAAGCUUGUUUUUGAAACCCUAGAAAGGGUUGCUUAUGAAUCUGAAGAUGUUGCUUAUACAUACUUUAGGAGGACAGGAUUGGAGAGAUCAGAAGGGCUUAGACAAGAUUUAGAAUGGUUUCAACAACAAUAUAACAUAGAGAUUCCACCGCUUAGUAGUCCUGGUGUCUCAUAUGCUGAGUAUUUAGAGAAUUUAGCAAAAACAAGUCCUCCUUUGUUUCUCUGCCAUUUCUAUAACAUUUACUUUGCACAUAUCUCUGGGGGACAAGUUAUUUCCAAACAGGUGUCUGAGAGGAUUCUUGAAGGAAGGGAGUUGGAGUUCAACAGAUGGGAAGGGGAAGCCCCGAUGUUAUUGAAAGCUGUCGGAGAGAACCUCAACAAGCUUGGAGAGCACUGGACCAGGGAUGAGAAGAACAAGUGCUUAAGAGAAGCAGCAAAGUCAUUCCGCUUUCUAGGCCAGAUUGUCCGGUUAAUCAUUUUGUAAUGCUAGCGCCAAAGUUCUAGCCUUUAUGAGUUCAUGUGAGGUAUUUGAUUUACAAUCUUCCAUGAGUCAGGUGUGAAGCAGGCCAGACUAAGAAAGAUCUAUGUAUGAUUCGACUCCAGACUCCUUAAUCAUUCAGAUUUUUGAAUCUCAGUAGAGUCGAUUCUAAUCAUGCAGAUUUUUUUAAUCGACAUUUGACAGACAGAGCUGAAUAAUUGAGCAUGUGUUGGUGGUUUAUUACAACGUAGGAUGAGAUUUCAGUUGUGGAUUAGAUCCACAUAUCCCGUC